AUGGCCAACUACAAGGUCUGCGUGGUCGGCGGCGCGGGCGGCAUCGGGCAGCCCCUGUCGCUGCUGAUGGCCAUGGACCCCAACGUGUCGGAGCUGUGCGUGUACGACCUGACCCUGGCCAUGGUGCCCGCGGAGGGUGUGGCGGCCGACCUGUCGCACCUCAACCAUAAGGCCGUGGUCAAGGGCUACGCCUUCGACAAGGACGACCGCGCCAUCGACAAGGCCGAGGAGUGCCUCACCGGGUGCAGCCUCGUGCUGAUACCCGCGGGCGUCCCGCGCAAGCCUGGACAGGACCGCAAGGACCUGCUGAACAUCAACGCGGGCAUCGCGAAGAACAUCGUGGAGGCCUGCGCCAAGUUCUGCCCCGACGCCGUCGUGGCCUUGAUCGUCAACCCCGUGAACUCGGUGGUGCCGGCGAUGUGCGAGCUCUGGAAGAAGAAGGGCCUGAACCCGAAGAAGAUCGUCGGCAUCACCACGCUGGACUGCGUCCGCGCGGAGAAGUUCGUGCACGAGGUCACCGGGCAGCCCGUCGGUGGCAUAUCCAUCCCGGUCAUCGGGGGACACGCGGGCACCACGAUCCUGCCGCUCUUCUCCCAGGACGCGGCGGGGGCGACCAUACCAGCGGACAAGGUCCCCGACCUGGACAAGAAGGUGCAGGACGCGGGCACCGUCGUGGUGGCCGCGAAGAACGGCAAGGGCAGCGCCACCCUCUCCAUGGCCUUUGCGGGUGCCCGCCUCGGCAGGGCCGUGUUGUCUGGCCUGGCGGGCACGCCCGUGACGGAGUGCGCCUACGUGGAGUCCACGAUCACGGACCUGCCAUACUUUGCCUCCAAGGUGACCUUCGGCAAGAACGGCGUGGAGACCGUGCACGACCUGGGGCCCCUGAGCGACUACGAGAAGGGGCGCCUGGAGGCGCUCAAGCCCGUGCUGAAGGAGGAGAUCGCAGCGGGGCUCGAGUACGCCGCGGCCAACGAGUUCGCCGCCUGA